CCACAUAAAUACUGUAGCAGUGACAUUUCUGUCAGCUGGACGGUCAGAAACACAGUUUCUCUACAUCUCGACACCGAUCAACCAAACAUUAGAGCAAUGGCAACAAUGGUUGGAGGUCCAUCCGAGGUGAAGCAAGCCACUGCUGAGGUGCAGAAGAUCUGCGAUGAGGUCAAACAUCAUGCAGAAGAGAAGGCAGGGAAGACGUUUGAUGUUUUCGUUGCCAAAUCUUUUACCACACAGGUUGUGGCUGGAACCAACUACUUUAUCAAGGUAAAUGUAGGAGGCGAUGAAUUCGUUCAUCUGAGGGUGCAUAAGUCGCUUCCUCACAGUGGAGAAAAACUCCAGCUGCACAGCAUCCAGACAUCGAAAACUCAACAGGAUCUUAUUGAAUACUUCUAAUGCAUGCACACUGAUAAUAAAAUGCCGUACUGUAUACAGUAUAGGUUGAUAUGUGUGAUGUAUUCAAAUAAUGCUGUUACAAAAGCUUUAUUCAGUUCUACACCAUCACAUGAUCUCCAGUCCAGUGCCUACUGUAUGAAGAGGAGUUUUAUAAGACCAACACAUCUUUGUUUACUUUGACAAACAUUAUAUUGUGGGGAAAAAAUUGCACAUGGAUAUGAAUCAACAUUCCAAAUCUGUUUUAUAGAAAAUAAUGGAACUUCUAAAAUAAAGGGAAAUAAAUUUCAUAUUUCAAA